AUGGAUUCACUCAUCAACGCUGGCAAGGAGUACCUGUCGGAGCAGCUGUCAGGUUCAGGCUCCGGCUCCCAUCAAGGUCAAGGCCAAGGUCAAGGUCAAGGCGGCCAUCUUCCUCCCGGAAACAUCCUGACUCGAAGCUCGAUUCUAUAUACAGAUGCCUACGGUGGUGCGUAUCCUGCCGGCGGCGACUUCCACCACGAAGAUGAGGAGCUGCGCACCGCUCACCAGCAGGCCUCGCAGUACGCUGGCUCUUCCGGCAACAGCGAGAUCUUCUCCAGCGUCAUCAACUCCAUCAGCCAGAAGAAGGGCCAUUUAGCCAACAGCGACAUUGAUGAGCAGGAGGCCAUCCGCAAGCACCAAGAGACCUACUCUCAAGACACCAGCGACCUGAGCUCCAACAGCCUCGGCUCCGCCGCCGCGAUGCAGGCGCUCAAGAAGUUUACUCAGGGCGAGACAGGCGGCAACCAGAGCCAAGGCGCGUUUCUAGGCUUGGCCCUGUCUGAGGCCAGCAAGCUCUUCGACGCCAAGGCUGCCAAUGGACAGGUAGCUUCCGAUGCCAGCAAGGAGUCUGUCAUCCAGCAGGCCGGCGAGAUGGCUAUGAAGAUGUAUUUCAAGAGCCAGGGCGGUAGCAACCAGGGCGGUGGCGCGUCUCAGCUGUUGAGCCUCGCCUCCAAGUUUUUCUAA